AAUUAGGUUAGCCUCGCACUCAAGCCCUCAUGCAUGCGCGGCCUGCCGCGCAUGUGGGCCUGUGUACGAGGCUAAAGUUCGGGAAAUUGGCAUGUCUGAGGGAGAUGUUCGUCAAGGAAAUACGAACCGAGGAGAUGAUGGAAUAUGGAAUAUUAUUGGGAGCGCUUACUUGUGGAAAGCUGUCGUAUGGUUGUGUCUUUGGGGUUUUUUCGUAGAGAUUGAGUUUGGCACGGUUUUCUUCAUCGCGUCGAUUUUGCUCGUCGUUUAUUGCACUCUCGGCAGUGAAGAGAGAAAGGCGGGAGAGAUGAGCGCCUAUUCAGUAUUCAAUGAAGGUUUCAAGGCGAUUGAUGGAACUCUAACGGCGGAACAGUUUGACAGAGAGAUCAGAUCUGGACCGGGAAGAGUGGGAACGAGCAAAAGCGACUAGUGAUAGAGAAAGCUUGUCUCUACUACUU